AUGCGGGGAGACAACAAGGACGCGGAGAGUCCAUCAGGGCACCAAUCGGGAAGCGAUGGGGUGGUGCUGGCGAUGGAGAUGAGGCUGAGGGCGCUGGAACGGCAGCUGGAGGAGACACGGAGGGGACUGGAGGAGGCUGAGAGACGCCGAGCAGAGGAGCUGGUGUUUGUGAAGGGGGAAAUGGUGAAUUUGCGAGCGACAGCAAGAGGGGAGCUGGUGACGGCAAGGGGAGAGAUGACGACAGUACUUGGAGAGGUGGCGAGAGUGAAAGGGGAGUUGGAAAGAGUCAAGGGGGACUUAGUGAUUUCAAAAAGGGAGUUGGUAUCAACAACAGAAGAGCUUGUGAAAGUGAAAGGGGAGGUGGAAAGUGUUAAGGGGGAGUUAGUGACGGUAAAAAGGAAGCUGGCAACAGCAACAGAAGAGCUGGUGACAGUAAAGGGUGGACUGGAAACAGUUAAAGGGGAAUUACUGACAGCGAAGGGGGAGCUUGCAACAAGGGGAGAUCUGGCGACUUUGAAAGGGGAGUUGAAAACAGUUAAGGGGGAUUUUGUGACAGUAAAAGGAGAGCUUGUAACAAGCAGGGGAGAGAUGGCGACUGUGAAAGGGGAUUUGAAAUCAGUUAACGAAGCAUUAGUGACAGCGCAAGGGGAGCUGUCAACAACAACGGGAGAGAUGGUGGUGACAGUGAAAGGGGAGUUGGAAGCAACAAGGGGGGAGCUGGAAACGGUGAAAGGGGGGUUGAAGGAAGCAAUAAGGGAUCUGGCUGAACAAAAGGAGUGGCUGCAGAAAGUGGAGACGGAAAAGCUGGCUUUGGAGGAGGAGGUGAAGAAGAUGAGGAGGAAAGCAGUGAAAUGGGAUGAGGCAGCAGCGCUGAUCUGUCUGGCAUCGAAGCAUGUGAAGUUUGACGUUGAAGAGGAGCUCAAGAAGAGCGAAGGGGAUCGCAAACUGUUCUGGCAGGUGUGUACGAUUGCGGGUGGCUCGAGUCGAGAAAGGUAG